AUGUUGGCCAAUAUUUACUUUGUUGAUGUUUACACGAAGUUCAUCGGCAUCGUCCCGAGAUGUCGGAGCUUGAACUUUGUCUCUGUCCUACUGUACAUAUUAUUGAUGGAUAUCUACCCUCAUCUUACCCUAGAGCGGUGCAAGAGGCUUUUUGCUGGUGCUGUCGUGAUCACUGUGAUCUGUGCCCAGUACACUACUCUUCUCAUGGCCCAACCUGAAGUCAAUGCUCCCUGUCAGCCCAAGGCCCCCUCUGUCCAUUGGAAUGAGGAUGACAUUGCUACCCUUAUCGACUAUCUAUAUGAGCAUCACUCACAGGCUGAAGGGGGAGGCAACUUCAAGCAACAGGUUCUUGAGAAUGCUGCAGUGUUCAUCAACACCCAUAAGCCACUUCAAGCCAAGCAGUCAGGUGCACUGAAGACAGCAAAAGCAGUUCAAAGCAAGUGGACAUUACUCAAAGCCACCUUCAAUUCUAUUGAGAAGUACUGCAACCAGACAGGGGUCCACUGGGACAAUGAGACUGGAGCUGGGAUCAAAGGAUCUGUGGCUGAUGCUGUAAACCAACCCAUGCAUUCAUUCCACAACAAAGGAUGGGAGCACUACAAAAAAAUGCAGGCCAUUAUACCAUUGGGUGGCGCUAGAGGACAGGAUGCUUUUUGUCCAGGUAGUGCUAUUCCCUCCAUCACCAAUCUUGACACUGACCUUGUGGAUGCUGCCCCACAGGCUGCUGUUCCAACUGCCACUGCUGCUGGCCCAUCAAGUGCUUGUGCCGGCCCAUCAAGUGCUGCUGCCAUCACUACUUCCAUCACUAGCUCCACUGCAGCACAUUCCACUGCAGCACAUUCCACUGCUAUGUCUACCGCUGCUGGCUCUAAUGCUAGCAAGCGCCUGUAUUCAGAUGUGAUGGGGGACAUUGAGACAAUGUCAUUUGGCUCCACACACAUGUCGUCCAUGCAACCUCCUUCCACCACAUUGGUGUCAUCCCCCCUGUCCAAGAAACCACAGACACCAGUGGUGUCCCAGAACAGCCACAUCACAAAGAUUAGCAGUGCCACCAAGGCUGUGAAGAUCACACUGGCAGCUGCUGUGGUGGGGAUGCAAGGCACCAUCAACUGGCUCACUGAUGUCUUUGAAUGGUUUGUUAGAGGAGGGCCCGAUGGCAAAGACUCUGACCUACCGCUGGGCCAGCAGGCUGCAUUGAUCACUACGAUUGGCUCAAAGGGCAACAAACAUUAUCUGAAGUUCUACAUGAAUAUGCAGGAGAAGUGUAUGAGGCAUGCAUUUGUGGUGAAGCUGAUUGGUGAGGAAGUUGAUGCAGGUGAUGCUGGUCCAGUGCAUGCUGAUGCUGAAAUGAUGGGCUGA